ACAUGAAUAAUAACAUGUCAACUCAUUUUUUCUAACACUGGCAUGCCACUGGUAUUUACAAAACUGGCAACACAAUCAUUACCGGAUUAGAUCAUUCAAGUAAGAUGGGGAAUCCUGCAAGUUUUAAGAUAGAAUCUAAAGCUGCAAUAUCCAAACAUGAUUAUAGCCGUAGACAACAGCACGCCAGUGAUAGGAAAGUGGAGAGUAAAGGGCGGUGCUAAUAUAAACCGUCUCCAGGAGGCAGUGCGUAGUAGUGACAGGCCGACAGCCGCAGUGAUUCCACCAGUCCAGGAGGCCUUAUAUCACUGGUGUUUCUCAAUACCCACUCAGUAUAGUAUAUUAAUAUGGUCAGCGGUAUACAAGUGGACAAUCAACAUGACUUAACAGUAAAAUACUCUUGAAUUGUAUGGAACAGUGUAGAUGGAAUAGAAUUGGAAAUUAAAAUUAAAAAAAUAUUUCUUUAAUAACAUCUUUUUGCAACAGAUAAAACAGAACUGGAACAUAUAAAUUCUGAUUUGUUUGUGACAUCAUCAAUUUAUUAGUGUACUUGUGAAGAUUUCAUGUUUGGAAAAGUAUUUUGUGGAGAAUUACAGACUCUCUAGACAUGCAUUAUAGUGUCAAGUUCAACACUUCCACAGAUUUAGGCGAGUUGGUCAGCGCGAGACGAUCCAACCGAGACAAUGUGUAUCUAUGGGUAGUCAUAGGCAUCAUCAUUGUCAUCAUCUUUAUGGGUUUUAUAGGCAAUGUGAUGGUGAUAACUGCCGUAAAAACUACCAAGAAACUGCAAACUGUCUCCAACUACUUCAUCAUCAACCUCAGCAUCUCCGAUUUAAUCUUUGUCUCUUGUGUUCUGCCGUUUAACAUCUACACAUUCAUCACCGAUGGCUGGUAUAUGGAGGAAACCCUUUGUAAAUUUGUCGGAUUCAUGGGCUAUACCCUAACAGGCACAACCAUAAUAACUGUGGUACUGAUAGCCUAUAAUAGGUAUAAGCUAGUGACGGAUAUGAUGGGAUACCGAAGACUCUACAGCAAAACCAAUAUAGCGGCAAUGAUUACGCUGUCAUGGAUACUGCCCGUCAUAUUCCUGCUUCCGGCAAUAACUGAACUGUGGGGGAAAUUUGGUUAUGUUCCUAUGAUGGUCACAUGUAACCUGCUCCUGGAUCACAACAGUCAGAUGUUUAAAAUCUUUUUGCUGAUCGUAAGGGCAGGGAUUCCUUGUGUUCUAAUUGUGUAUUUCUACAUCAAGAUAUACCUGACGACGUACAACAGUUCAAGGAGGAUUCUGGCCAACAUGAGACUGCUCACACCAACCGACACUAACAAUCUGUCACGGGAGAUGCACCUGACAAAAAUGAUGGUGGUGAUAUUUUUGGUGUUUGCUAUUUCGUAUUUUCCUUGCACUAUAACUGGUUUGAUAGACUGGAAUCAUGUCAUGUCCAAGACCUUCCACAUGUUCUGUGCUACCACAGUAUAUAUCGGCAGUGCGUUAAACCCUGUGUUGUAUGGACUGCUAAACCAACAGUUCAGAAAUGCCUACAUCAAAUUAUUGUGCAGAAACAGAAAACAUACCCCUAGGGCAGUAAAGUACUGACCAGCAGUUCAGAAACUGGACAAACUAUAACCCCAGUCCAGUAAAUCAAUGCACUGACCAUCAGUUCAGAAACUGGAUUACCUAUCCCUAGUCCAGUAAAGCACUGACCAGCAGUUCAGAAACUGGAAAACAAACUUGACAUUACAAAAACUUGAUAUAUAAUAAUCGUAUGCAUUCUGUAAUGUCUGGUUAUAAGCCCAACUAUAUCUAUUGCCCGGUCAGUAGAAACUUUGCCAAUGGAUGAUAUUCAAUUAUUGUGAAUGUAAGCCAUUCUAAGCGAAGCUCGACAUUAAAACUCCAGUAAAAUUUCAAAUUUUGUUUUUUUCUUGUUUUUUUGUCAACUUUUUUUGUCUGUUGCAAUUUAUUAUAUAAUAACAUCAUCACUUGAAUGAUUUACCAUUAAUCAAUGAUCCGACUUUCAUUAGGGUACCCUAUCAAGGUCUCCACCUCAGUACAGAGGAUCGAGAUUGGUGGAUCAUAAUGGCUAUUAUAAUUAGUCACUGACUAUAUUUGGGUGAAAUGAUCAUGAUGUAAAAUUACUGGCGGUCUUGAGGUUAACAUUGUGAUAUAUGUAUCAUUCAUAAGUUUGAUGUUAGAUUAUGAUAAUAUAUUGUGAUUUCGUUAAUCGUUACCAUGGAUGCAGCAUGUUACCAUAUCACUGUUACACUGUUGAAAAUUUAUGCUUUCAUGUAAUAGGCUUAUUUUGAACUAAUAAAAGUGUUAUCUUGAAA